AUGGCUGGAAUGCAUGGCUGGGCAUGUCUCUCGUCAAAUGUGGGCGGUGGGCAGAGGGAGGCAUGGGGAAAAUGGGAUCUUGAAGGAACUCUCGUGACGACGUCGCCUCCGAAGUCGUCAACUCCAGCCCCAGGUGCCUUCUCUGCACAGGACGAAAGUGCAGUGGACUCCAUAACCCAACCGCAGUCGCCUAGGUCGCCAGCCCUCUCCGACGCAUCGACUGCAGACGGUUCGGACGGUCUUGAGUCUUCCCCGGCGCUGCCUCCGCUCCAAGCUCCGCCUCUGCCGCCGCGCACUCAGAAUCUCCUGAGGUCACCUUCUGCUGGCACAGACGAGGAUAAUCAGUUUGGGACGGCAAGCUGGGGCUCACCAUACCCGCGCACCGACCGUAAUUUACGCCGGCGAAGCUUCAGUAGCGACGCCUCUGACGAGUUUCCAGUUCAUAAUUUAGCGAUCGAUACCCCUUUUCUUCGCCCACCCCCCGAACUUGCAUCGCUAUCGGGCGAGGAGUCACAGCCUGGGAUCAGCGCGGCAGCAGCAGUCCUUGCGAAUCGGGUGCGACGUCAGGUUAGAGGCCUGACUGAAGACUGGAUACGUACGCACACCUCUGGCGACAUCGAGAACGUUGAGCCUCGCCAUUGGUUCAGUGACGGCAGUGGUAGUGAGCACUCUUCGUUGAGCGGCUCAGAAGUCGGCUGGCUUGGGGAAUCUGAUCUCCGGACACCGAAGGCUUCAAAGGGGAAAAACUCGGCGCAUCCUGUUCGAUCUUUCCACCCGCGCGGUCGAUCAAGUGUGGAAACCCUCAAACCAGCGGAUACUAAUACUCCGAGAGGUCCAAAGCAACUAAUAAAAAUGGCAACUGCGGAUAACCAGCCCGGCUCCCCAGGAGGUCGCUCGGCGACGGAGACUCCCGUAUCCGAGGAUGCGGUUCCUAUGACUCCUACCAGGACGAAGCCUGCCCUGAACGGGGAGGCCAAGUUCUCUACUCCGACAAAAAUCACACAAAAGGCAUUGCCGAAAGAGCCUGCCAUGACGCCGCGUAUAAAGAAGAAGGUGCCAUGGAAGGGCAAGAAUAUCAUGGUUUUACUACCACGAGAUGAAGAGCGAGGACAUCCUGGAAAGCCACCCAAGCCCCUUCGCCAGGAAGAAAUAGAAAAAAUGUUUGCUUCGUGGAGAGAACUAGGCUAUGGCGUGGACGGUUUCGAUCUGAUGGUGGAUGAUUAUCAGCCUACAGGGUCACACAAUGCACAGAGCCGUGGCGCCUGGCCAGACCAUGACGACGUGGUUCAUGAAAGGUCGGAGCACUACUAUCAGGUUACACUGCCUGACUUGAACGCCUGGAAGAAUUAUGUCGAUGAAUUGCAAGAGGCCAAGUUGCGCGCCUUGGGUGUGUCCUUCGGUGAUGAUGAGCCAGCUGCGCCGUCGCCGCUCGAAUCUGCCGUGCCCAGCAGACAAGCCUCUGCCCAAUAUCCUCCCCUUCCAUUUUCUCCUCCUCUUCCAACAUCAUCGGCUUCAAGCAAUCAUGCUCCAAUGGGAUUUCCCUUCCCUGGUCAGUUCAAUUCGGCGACCCAAAGCCCGAUUAUCCCCCAAGGAGCCUCUCCAGUACCUUUUGUCCCUGGAAAGUUCAACCCGCGAGCAUCUAUCUCGUUUUCCGGCAACAACUCGCCUUUCCAGAUGCCUCAGUCUCCGCUCGCUUGGCCAGGUUUGCAAAAUCUAGGCAGAAGCGAUUCUCCUUCCUUUGCUAACAUGAAUGGAAUGGUGCCGGCACAGCCACCGUUUGAUGUGGAAGGGCUUCCUCCAAACGCAAGCCCUGCUCUUAACAAUCUUCAUCAACGGCAGCAGUCUCUGCAAUUCCCACUGGUGUCUCGACAAUCGUUCCAAUUCCCUCCGCCAAUGCGGGACUUCUCUCGUCUACAAGAGGUUUAUGAGGAAGAGGAGGAGCUCAAGAGCCCAUCAAAGACCCCUGAGCCUCUGCAUGAUAACCAUAAUCCCAAGGCUGAAUUGGGUGAUGAGGAAUAUCAUCUCGAGGAGCAGCUCCGUAAUGAGCUGGAGCACGAAGAUUACGAUCCUCAUGCUCAUUCUCAGCAGGCAUCUACUGACCAUGGGAUGUUCCCCCAGGACCCUGCUGAUAACUUCCAAGUUCCUGCACACUUUGCAAACCAGCCAGAGAAGCCUCUCACUCUGCAUCACCCUCGCCCCCACAGCCGAGGCCAUUCACUGUCUCACUCGCUAUCACAAAAUUUCCUCGUCGAUCAGAACCAAUCUGAUGACAAUGCCAACUCUGUUAACAAACCAUCAGCGCCUCUCCAUGACAUUAUUGAGACGCAUAAGGGAGAGGAACGAUGGGAGAUUGAGACAAAUCCAAGCAAUCUUGGCACGCCAGUCCAGGACUUUGACUUUGCUGGGCCCUUUGCGCAACAUGAGCGGAACGUGUCAACAGGAAGCAACCCCUGGAACGAUUAUUCGUCGUCAGCCUCUAACCCACGACGAGCUAGCCAUGCCAGCAAGCCUUCACUGUCCAAGCUUAAUGUACAGGCCCCUGAAUUCAAGUUCAACCCAGCGAAUAGCUUUACACCGGGACAGAGUACGUUCACACCUGGACAGAGCACUUUCACACCUGGCCAAAGUGCCUUCACCCCCGGACAGCCUGGCUUCACUCCCGCACAAAGCAGCUUCACUCCCGUGCAGAGCACCUUCAUCCCCGGACAGAGCACCUUCAACCCUGGGCAGAGCUCCUUCACACCUGGGCAGUUCAACUUUGGAGGGCAGUCUUUCCAGCCUGCCAUCUUUCAAGCAAACGUUGGUGGCAGUGUUGCUGGCUCAACAUCUCUGGAUUCCUUGCCACCUCUUGACAUCGCAGACGAAGCUCAUGUCGAAGAGCAGACUAGCUUCGCACCUGAGCAAAGCGAUUUCAGCUUCUCCACUUCUGGACCUAAGUUCAGACCUGAUGCCCCAUCCUUCAUGCCAUUCUCGCCUGCCCCUACAGUCGGUCUGGGAUUGGGCAACAAGCAUACUGCUAGAGAGAGCAUUUUUGGCAACAUUCACAUUGAACCUGAGGUUGCCAAGCUAGACAACAAAUCCAAGGCGAUCCCCAUCAUCAGACCGACCAGUAGCAGAGCAUCUGACGGAGUUGCUGGAGAUUGGGGCUCGGGACACGAGGACUCCCACGAGGACAUGAGGGAUAAUCGUGACCGCCGUGCUGAUGACUUCAGGGCAAAGCGUGCCAAGAGUGCUAUGCAUGACGGUGACGAUGUACCUCUCUUCGCUGAGCAACCCAAGGAUCUUACACCAUCCGUGACCGAAGAGGCUCAGGAGCCAUCGAAGGAGGCUAGAACCAGCAUAGAGGAGGAGCAUCAUCUCCCAGCCGACACUUCCAUGUCUUCAGCUAUCAUGUCAGACAAUAUCGAUACGAAGGCCACGACAGCGGCUCCAUCAGAGUCUUCUCACGUUGAAGUCGAGAGCAAUUUGUGGUCGCCUUUCGAAUUCGAUAGCAGAUUCGAUGCGAAGAAUUUCAGCGAAGCCCGUCCCUUGGGAGACGAGGAGCCGUCCCAACCAAGCGGACACCGCAAAUCUCUAUCUGCUACCGCACCAUCCUUCUUGCCUGGAGGAAUGUUUAGCCAAGAGGAAGAGACCCCAAGACCGGAGACACCAGAGCAGCGUGAUGUUGAGAUCAUUGUUGCGAAGCGCGAUACUGAGCAGCCACGUGCUAGCUCACCACAAAAACGCAAGGCCUCAUCUAAGGGCAUGGGACUGGGCUCUUCGCGAUUCGCAUCACCACCACCAAAGCCAAAGGGAUUGGCUUCCUCACGUUACGCCAGCGCUGCAAGCGUAGUGGAGCCUGAGAAGUCUCUGCCCGAACCUACUGUUGAAAAGAAGGAGGCCUUGGAAUCGGUAGAGCAUGAGGAGGCUAUCAUCCCAACCACAGAGCAUGGCCAGCUGUCUUUCGAGGACAUUGAUGCUGUCAUGGAGCAGUUAGAAAACGAUCCUUCGUUGGGCGUUAACAAGUCGAUUGAGACAGCCUCAUUCCAAUCAAGCCCAGCCAAGCCGGCACCGCUUGCCGAUGUUAAUAACUCCUCUGCCUUGAAAUUGGAGCCGCCUUCUGAGCACUUCGUUCUCGACACAAAGUCCUCUGGAACACCUACCUUCCAGCCCACUUUGGGUGAUGUGCCUCUUCUCCCAACUACAGAAAUGGACGAUCCAUUUGUUGACCCGCAACCUGAUGCUCUGGAACAAGCUGGUGGACAGAUUGUUAUUGACGAUACUCCUGCUGUCAGUGACUGGGAAGCCGCGUUCUCCGCAGAUGAACACGAGAAACUUGAUAGCCGCGCCCAAUUCUUUGAUGGACGUGUUAAUGAGGUUGUUGGCAACCUGCUCGCUUCUAGAUUGGAGCCCUUGGAGAAUCUGCUGUUUUCCAUUCAAGACGCUAUUGCCUUGAAGGCAGGGCGCCCUAGCUCCUCUCGUCGCGAUCUACGUAGUAUGUCAGCUGAGAAACAGCAAAGCGACGCUGAUGAUGAAGACGAAGAGCCGACUGUCCGAAGGUCGUUGAGCCCCCGCCGGGAUCGAAGGUUGGACCAAAUCCGAGCUGCCGUUAUGGAAGGCAUUGCUGCUCAGCAACGGAUGCAGCCACUUUCAUCUGUGCCUGAGCAGCCUGAACCUGAGUCGCAGUUGUUCGAAGCUGUUGCUGAUAUCAAGAGACACCUUGAGAUUGGCCAGAAGGCUGAUUUCGACGCCGAGCACUUGAAGGCGAUUGUUGAACAUGCUGUUAAGAGCCAAAUGCCUGUCACAGUGGAGCCAGAUCAGUCAUCUCUCGAUAGGAACGCUGAACUUGAGGCUAAGGUUGCUCACCUGGAGCAGGAACUCCGAGCAGGACGUUACGAGAUGGACAAGGAAAUCGAAGCCCGCAGGGCUGCUGAAGACGUCUCUGCCGACCUCAACCGCCAGUUGAAGGCUGCUGAGACCCGCGUUGAGGUGGAGAUCAUUAACAGAAGCGUGUAUGAUCAGAGAGUUGCCGACCUGGAAGAGAAAUUAAGAUACCAAGAAAACCAGUCCGAGGAACAGAUUCAGAACCGCCGUGCUGCCGAGGAUCGCUUGGCAGAAGUCCAGCGUCUUUUGCGUAUUGCUUCUGAGGAGGAGGACCGCCUUCGUGAGGUCAAUGACGAGAAGGAGCAGAGGAUCAAGUCAAUGGAGCAGGCUAAUGCCAAGAGCUCCAUGAAGAUGGCCCUGCUGGAAGCUGCACAGAACAACUCGACUCAAUCUCAGAGUGAGAUGACGAACAAGCUCAACGUCCUGGAGGCCGACCUUCGAAAUGUUCGUCUCGACAAUGAUCAUUGGCGAGCAGAGGCUGAACGUAAUGAUGAGCUCGCACAUCGCCGUGCUGGUGAACUUGCUCACAUCCAAGAGGAGCACAAGCAUCUCCAGAAGACUCUCCACACCCUCUCCACCCAAUUGGAGGAGAACGAGCGGCUGCGUGACAGCUGGCGAUCCAAGUUCAACUCUUUGCAGGAUGAUAUGAGAAAGGCAGCUCGUGAGAUCGCCGAGGAAAAUGCUCGCCAUAUCAAGAAGGAUCAAGUCAUGCAUGCCCGACAGGAGGUCCUUGAUGCUAGGCUGCAGGCCGAAGCCAAGACUCGUGAACGACUCGAGCUUGAGAUGGAUCGCCUUCAAGAAAACGAACGCGCCGGAAUGAGGGCAUCAAACGAAUGCAAUCGUCUCGAGGGGCUUCUUGCCGAACUCCGCACCGAGAACCACAGACUGCAGCAACGCACCUCUGAAGCGGAACGGGAGUUCGAAGAAGCCCGCGAAUCUGGGUUGAGCGAGGUGAAGCGCACGCGCAUGGCGAUGCAGACCGAGAUCGAUGCGGCCAACCACCAGGUCAACGUCGUUCGCGAAGAGCUGGAAGAACAAUACUCCAAGUUGCGUGCUGAGCUUGAUAGCUUCAAACUGGAUGCCGACACGGUGAAGGCUCGCAACGAGAUGCUUCUCGAAGACGCCGAGGCGACUAAAGCCAUGGAGAUCGAUGAGCUCAAGCAGAAACACCAGAACGAGCUGGAAGAUCUUGAAGCUCGAUAUGAGCAGCAACGCAAUGCUAGAGAUGAAGAGAGCUCCAAGACAGAGGAGAACCUUCUUGAGCGACUCAGCUUUUCCUCAACCAAGAUCGACCACCUACAGGAUCGUAUUAAUCACCUGGAAGAGAAGUUGGAAGUUUCCAAGGAAGCCGCCGCAGCUGCAGUCGCGGCAGCCAAGUCUGCUGCAGCCGCCGAAUCAAAGGCCCCCGCUCAGGCACAGUCCAGGUCCCAACCCGAGAGGAGCGAUCUACCUGAGAAGAUCUCUCCUCAAGCCCUCCGAGAGUCUAUUAUGGUUCUCCAGGAACAACUCCAGGCCCGAGAACAGCGUAUUGAGGAACUGGAGCAGACUGUUGCCAAAUCCGACCCUGAAGCAGAAGUCAAGAUUUCCAAGCGCGAUGAUGAGAUUAGCUGGCUUCGUGAGCUUCUGGCUGUGAGACAUGGAGACCUUCAGGAUAUUAUUACAGCCCUUUCUGGCAACAACUUUGACCACGAAAGGGUGAAGGACGCAGCCAUUCGCCUGAAGGCCAACCUCCAAAUGGAGGAACAGGAGCGGGAGAGAGCCAUGAGCGGUGCGUCAGCUCUGAGCUUACCUAGCAUUGCGCAGAGUAUAACGGCAUCUCCCCGUGUCGCCCAAACUAUUGGACCAAUUGCCGCUGCAUGGGGUAAUUGGCGCAAGGGAAGCACGAGCUCUUUCGCCGGCUUCACUGCUCGGCCAGGUCUUAGCGCAGGUAGCAGGAACGGGACCCCGUCUAGGGCUCAGCAGGUCUCCAGGAACAGCCAGCCAAACGGAUUGAUGACCCCGCCAGCAUCGAACGUUCGCCAGAUGCCUGUAUUGGAGACGAAGCCACAGCCGACAGCGUUCUCCAGCACAGGCCGCCGGUAUCCGUCUCAUGGAAACCCGAGCCGAGCGCGCAACGUUUCUGAAACGUCGCGCCAGGCGGAGGAGGAUAUGUCCUCUUCAGCGGUUGUGAUGCCACAUCCCGCCGAAGAGGAGGAGGAACAGCCCAUGACACCAACCAUGAUGCGCUCAACUCAUUACGAUUCGGACGCCCAACCAGCAGAUUAUUACGAUGAUGAAUUCUUUGAAGACAACUGA